UAAUGAAUCGCUGAGCGGGACGGGAUUGUUUAUUUGUGUGUAACACGUCGGCUGCCGAUUAUGUUAUUAUACAUUGUUGCUAUUAUUACGGGUUGUUGGAGAUUUUGAGGAAAUAAGGCUGGUGUUGCGAUUGUAUUCAAAUUUGCUCGGUUUUAGAAGUCGGAGUAAUCGAUGGUCAGUCACGAACACGAUUCUAUAAUUAUUCUAAUACCGAGGCAAGUUCAAUCUUGCGACUCGGUUGAAUCGAUACGCGAGUGUAUAGUGCGUAUAUUAUCGUCAUUAUUAAUCCGAUAGCCAUGACUUUUCAUCCUGUGAAAAAACCCGAAAGCUCGUUCAGUCGAGCUUUCUGACCUUCGGCAAAGCGUCAGCUCGUAAAUUCGCUUAUCAAUCAUCUCUUUCAUUCGCCUAGCUCUAUUACUUAUACUCUCGAUUACACCCACGCGCGCACAGCGGAAGAGGAGGCGAAUAUAUACAUUAUUUUCUUUUCGCUACAAACUCGUUAGAUCGCGAUUGAAAGAUUUCCCGCUUAUAAAUAACCAGUGUAUACGAAUCACGCGAAAUUACGCACACACCCCCGCAGCAGACAAGCGAUCGAUGGUCCAGUAACCCGAAUUACCGAGUGUCCCUCUCUCGAAAUCGCGCUAUACACCACGUGUAAUCCGACCUUAUUACAACGAACGAAACGACUUCCCAUCGAGACAAUAGCCUCUUCUCUAUAUACACUGUAUAGACGCACGAAAUGUUUACAGAUUAAAAAUCGGCGCUAUCUGGCGACGAGAGGUUCGAGAGCGACGAGAAAGCGAGAGAGUUGUUGGUCCGUAUAGGAUGUAAUAGAAGCGUGCGCGUCGCAGAGAGAAAGAGUUGAAGCUACUCGGAUUCAGAGCUCGAGCGCGUGGGCUUAAAGAGCCGGCUUGAUUAACGGGAUGAGAGACUCUCUUUUUAGGGGCAAUUGAACGCGAUGUACGGAAAUGAGUAUUAAAUCAUUUAUUUAUUUGCUUUAACGCUUAUAUUGCGCUUUUCCGGAUUGCGCUAGGGACUUGUAGUAUAUAUAGUUGAAUAACGUAUAUACGCGGAAUGAGAUAAGCUGGUGUGCAGAGCGACACAAAGUGUAUAUAAUCAAAGCCGUCGAUCUCCGGAGAAAAUAUAUAAUAAUAACAAUAACCAGUCGCUCUAGUCUCGGUCUCUCUGAUAAGGCGAACUUUCCGAGCUACGAUGUUUCGUCGGCUCACAAGUGACGCGCGAGUGAGAGACUUCUUAGCAAUUACGGUGUAAAUCACCUGCAACGUUUACUCUAGUUUCUCUCGCUUUCCGUUAUUAUUUCCCCGGUUCGUAUGUGUGUCUGUGUGUGUGUGUUUAAUGUGGCUUGAUUACACACUCGUUCGUAGUUAUUAUAUAUUCCGCGAUGCCGAAUCGAAAAAGCACGAGAGAUGAUAUAAGACGGGGUAGAUAAGGGGAUUUCGGAAAGCGCAGAGUGACGCAUUCGCGCGCGGUAUAAACAAGUCAAAUUCCCGUCUGAUUUGUAGUAAAUCAGUUUGGUUCGCGCUAAGCCCUGAAGAAUAAUUUCCUAAGAGGAAAAAUGUACCCGGGAGAGUUUCGACGUUGUACUCACCGCGAGAGAGGCUCUAGUGGCAGGUGUUCUCGUGGCGUUUGAUUUUUUUUUUCCUUUCGGAUACUUGUGGUGAUUGUGUAUACAUGGGAUCGAUUGGAUUGUCGUUGGUGACACGAGCGGCAAAGUCGUCACGCAUCGGUGCAUGCUGAGUAGCCGCAAUCAGCGUCAGCUCAGCAGCGUCAUCGGCCUCAGCAACAUCAGCCCAUCAGAUCGCCGAUAUCUCCACUCAAUAGCCAAGUGGUCAGUCUCCGCGGUCCUUAUGGUAGGUGAAGGCUCCCGUCCACCAGGCUGCUGCACACCCCCCAGCUGCGAGAUCCAAGGGCUAAAGGGCUGGCCUCGCCGUUGGAGCCAGUCGAGCACCAGCAACACCUACAUUUAGAAGACUCAGUCCAAGACGCAGGCGUAGAAAUCUUCAUCGGCAGAGCGUCGGCGGAUAAUGGCCGACCGUAAUCGGAACUUCCUCUCGCGCGACAGCAUCAACGAGCACAACAACCACAAAGCCGCGAAGAUCGUCGCCAACAACAACGAGCUGCCGAGGAAGGAGGGUCUCUACGCCAAGAAGGAGAACAGCAACUACCAGAGGUUCGUCGACUACCCGAAGAAUGAGCUGGACACGCCGUCGAAGAAGGCGCCGAUAGUCGGCUGGCAGAACGGCAGCCCGACCCUCUUCCCCAGCUCGCCGGAGGAGCAUCAUGCUUCAGGCCCGGUUGUCAGGCCGCUCGUCCCGGCUCCGGAGACGCCGUCCGAGAGCUCGGGCAUCGGCCGCGACGACGAGGACACGGAGAACCUCAGCAGCAUCGCCGACGAGAGGGGCAUACCCUCGACGCCCGGGCUCACCAUCGACAAGAGCCUCGAGUCCUUCUCGCAAGACGUCGACCUGUCCCUGGCCACGGCCUCCACUCCCGAGCUCGAGCAGCUGGACUUCGAGUCGCCGGCCGACAGCGAGUACAGGCCUCCGCCGACACCCGGAGAGGACAGCUACCUCGCCUCGCCGAACCUCACCGUCGGCACCAGUCCCACCGACAAGCCCGAACACGACCCGGGUAGGGUGGACGAGAAGCGGGACCAGAACCACGCGGUGCCGGCCGGCAGUCCGGAGAAGGGAGGCGGCGGCAUACUCGUCAAGAGGCGCUACUCCGAGCAGGACUCCGCGGCGACGCUGGUCCAGGACUCGCUGCGCGGCAACGAGAAAGACUCGAUCGACGACUCGGAGGUGAUGCUCGAGAUCUACGACGACGAGGACGACAACAGCACCGAGGAGGACUCGAAGAAGAAGCCCAAGAUACCGGACGGCGGCUGGGGCUGGGUAGUCGUCUGCUCGUCCCUGGUCAUCUCCAUGAUAGCCGACGGCGUGUCCUUCAGCUUCGGCCUCCUCUACAUCGAGUUCCUCCACCACUUCGAGGAGUCGAAAGCCAACACGGCCUGGAUAGGCUCCCUCUUCAUGGCCGUGCCGCUGCUCUCGGGGCCGAUAAUGUCGGCUCUGGUGGACAGGUACGGCUGCCGGAAGAUGACUAUCGCCGGGGGCCUGAUAUCCGGCACAGGUUUCGUCCUGAGCAGCUUCGCUAACAGCAUCGGGGUAAUGUAUCUGACCUUCGGCGUACUCGCGGGACUGGGUCUGGGCCUGUGCUACGUCACGGCCGUCGUGAGCAUCGCGUUCUGGUUCGACAAGAAGCGCACCCUCGCCGUGGGCCUCGGGGCCUGCGGCACGGGCAUAGGGACCUUCGUCUACGCGCCGAUGACGACCUACUUCAUCCAGGAGUUCGGCUGGAGAGGCUGCGUCCUCCUGCUCUCGGGGACGUUCUUCAACAUGAUAGUCUGCGGCACGGUGAUGAGGGACCCCGAGUGGUGGAUCCUCGAGCAGAAGAAGCAGCAGGGCCUGACGUCGCCGAAGAAGAGCGGCAAGGGGGGCAACGGGGCAAAGCUGCAGGACGGGAUGAGCAGAUCGCAGGGUAGCCCGACGGACGAGGACUUCCCCGGAGUCGAGGAGCUCAGGAGGCUGAUGAAGAGCGGAAAGGCGCCGGAGUACUUGCUGCAGAAUCUCAGGACUAGCACGGAGACCAGGGUCAAUUCUAGCGGCAAUCCGGCCUUCAGGAGCGUCGUCAAUUUACCGACCUUCGUCAGGCAGAGCGAGAAGGUUCCACUGGAGGUGCUGGAAUCGCUGUCCUCCAACUCGCGACUCUACAACGUCAUCCUGGAGAACUACCCGAGUCUGCUGCUCUGCAGGAGCGCCUCGGAUAAGAAGCUCGACGAGUCGAACGGGGACGUGAACAACAAGAGCGGAGUCACCAUGUCGAUGAGGUUACAGGACUGGCUGAAGCAAGCGAAGGACAAAGGCAAGAAACAGCAGUCGUCCCGGUCAGGAUCGACCCACGCCUCGACCAAAGUCUUGGCCGCUCGGCGAAUGUCUCGCAAAGAUCUGGAGGAGGCGAAUCCCUUAUUAGCCAAAGAACUCGCUCAAGCAAUCGCAGAGGCCGAGCGCGCCAAGUCGGUCUCCCGUCACCACCUGCCCGGCUGUGGUGCCGGGGUCGUCCGCACGGAUUCGCUGCCUUGGCUACGUCGUCAGUUCAGCACCAACACUCACUACUUCAAGGACAUCAGGGUGCACAGGAACUCGGUCAUGUAUCGCGGUGCUGUGCUCAACCUUCACAAGUACCGACUGCGCGCCAGCAGCUGUCCCAACAUCUAUAGGAACAGUAUGACCACACUCGCCAAGGAGAACGAGGAGAAAUGGUACAGCGAGCUGGUCGACCUGAUGAAGGGCAUGAUGGACUUCUCGAUGUUCUCGGAGCUCCAUUUCCUUCUGCUAUCGCUGUCGACUAUUCUCCUCUUCACUUGGUUCAUCGUGCCUUAUUUUUACCUAGCUGAACAUCUCAGUAGACAGGGCUACCAAGAGUCCCAAUCAGCGAAUCUCCUCAGUUACAUCGGUAUCACCAACACGAUAGGAAUGAUCGCAUUGGGCUGGGCCGGUGACCAGCCCUGGAUGAACGUGACCAAGACGUACACCUGCUGCCUGAUCGCCUGCGGCAUCUCGACGAUCCUCAUGCCAAUCUUCUCGCACAACUAUGCCGCUCUGGUGGUGAUUUGCUGCUGCUUCGGACUCUUCUUCGCCAGUAACUUCAGCUUCACCCCCGUCAUCCUCGUUGAGAUCAUCCCGUUGGAAAGAUUCACCACUGCUUACGGUCUGAGUCUUCUGUGCCAGGGUAUCGGUAAUCUUCUGGGCCCACCACUGGCCGGCUGGAUCUUCGACGUGACUCAAGUCUGGGAUCCGUCUUUUAUUAUGGCUGGCGCUUGGAUAAUCGUUUCCGGCCUCCUCAUGGGUAUCAUUCCCUACACGAAGAAUCGCAAGAUCUGGGGCAGCGGGCCCGUCGAAAUCGACAGGGAGCGCGAGUGCUUCGCCUAAAGAAAAGCUUUAAUCUCGUAGCGAACGUACAUAAGCUUCUUUUUAGCUUCUUCAGCUCAGCGCAGAGGAGUUUGAAUCUUAAUUCGCGAGGAUGCGCGUUGUAUAGAUAGAAAACCGUAAAGAAUGGAUUUGCAUGCUGUACAAAGAUGAUUCACGCGUUAUUUCGUUGUAUACUACUCGUGUACUUACAUACCCGGCCGAACCUGUAGCCUGUUAAUUUUCCUUCCGUUCGGUUGUUCCAGAAGUGAAUCGAGUUAUAAGCAUCGCGUUUUGUCACUUCGUUAGAGAAAGAUAUUAUUUUUUUUUAUCGGAUCGAACGGAGUCUUGGAAGAUCGUUAGAAUGUGUGCUAUUAAGCCAGCGAGUAUUCACUACUGAUGUGUGAAUUUUUUUAAUUUCUAAGGUUGAAAUAUUGAAAUGAUUCUAUAAGUUAAGUGGAUUUCGAUCAAAUCCAGUUAUGAAGCAACUGCUAUAUCUGUAUAUUUUCAGUAUUAGUUUACAGUAAUUAAUACGUAAAGCCGAAUACAACCUCACAGAGUGAUUCAGUCCAAAGAUUAGAUUGACUUUGUACUGUGUAUUAUAUUAGUUAUUUUUUAAUAACGGAAGUUUCAUCGCAUGCAAUUUUAAUUUAUUGCGAGUUGCUCGUUUUAGCCAUUCGUAUUAAAAAUUUACUGCGAAAAAAAGUAAUAAAAGAGUGUAAAUAUUGUUUUACUUGGUUUGAAGUGUAUACAGUUAUUUAUCAUUGAACAGCUGGUUUAAAAGCUUCUACAAAUUCUCAAGAUAAGUUUCAUCGACUGUUUAUUCAAGGAAAAUAAUUAUUAUUGAAGAACGUACGAGUUUUCCAAACACGGGAAAAAAAUUGGCUAAAUCGAACUGAAAGGAUGAAAAAAGUCUUCCACUAUAUUGACGAUGAAUAUUUAUCAAAUCAAAGAAUGUCGCUUACCUUCUUCAUACCAGUGACUUUGAGAUUUUUUUCACUACAUGCACUACUUUUUCUAAAUACCCCUUUGUUAUAUCUAUGGAGUUUUUUUGUGUACUGUGAAAAUAGUAAAAAAAAAUAAAUAAUAAGUUUUCGUACUAUUUUCUAUAAUAACGGUUGAAUUUUGAUACAUUUUUAUACAAAAAAAACUCAUUAAAUGUAGAAAAAUGCAAAUAGUGGAAUAUUUUUAUGAUUCUAAACCAAUUCAAUUCUUAUUUGUAUUAUACAUUUUUUAAUGUUGAAAUCAGUUAAGCAAAUCUUUUCGUCGAUGUCAUUUGAAAAAAAACUUUUUUCUGUUGACUAUAAUCAAAGCUUUAUUAUAGAAAUUGAAUGCCAUUCUUGAUCGUUUUCACUCAAAUUUAUUGAAGUCUAAAAAUGUGAAUAGUCACGUAAUGGAUAUACUUUGUAAUCGAGCAAAGAUCCCUAGUAAAUAAUAAUGGUUAUUCAAAAGUUCGGUAAAGUAUAUGAUAAACGUCCUUUUAUAAUGUUUCAUAAAUGUUUACUUGAAACAAAAAGUACUUAAGUGUUCCAAGCAACUUUUUAGAUGCGAUCUUGUAAAAACGAUGAGAACAAAAAUGAGUGUGUCUUUAUCUUUACCACGUAGUCUUUUUAAUGAAUUGCUCAGAGUAAAUGUUAUUUAGUCAAAAUGUAGGAUGAAAAUAUUUUCUGAGAUGAAAUUUCCACAUCAUGAUUUCUACUUCACAUCCAGUUUGCUUUAUUCAACUUAAGAUUUAACUUAAAAAAUUUUGUUAUUGCGAUCUUGUGUGAUAGAUUUGUAUUUUUUUUUUUUUUUUUUUUAAUGGGAGCUUUCAUCUUCUAUGAUAUGAAAUGGAUUCUAUUUCAAAAAAUCAAAAUUCACGCAAUCAAUGUCGGAACACAGUGAAAGAGACUUUUUUGUAUUGUCGGACAAAAGAUGUGUUCACAUAACUGCGGCACGAAAAAAACUUAAACUUCCAUACUAUACAGAUUCACAGUUAAACUAAAUCUAAAACUACCAGACCCAUGUAUUAUAACAGUCGCUCUAAGCGAAAAAAUCCUUGUUACGUAUAUAGGCAAAAAGGCAAAGAGAUAAUACUACUAUACGUAGCUAAUUGUUUACUAGUCUAAAUAAGGGUUGAUCGAUAUAUAUAUAAACCAAAGCGAAGAAGAUGGUGCGCAUGUGUAGUAAUGAUCAUGUACAUACAUACGUUCCUUUCGGUUUUUUUGGACUGAAUUUCAACGUCAUCCCGCGUAGUCCAGAAGUCGACAAUUAAGAAAUAUAAUACUGCCGAAACUUUGACAAGUAAUCUUACAUCCAAACGUGAUCGAAGUUCAGUCCAAAAAUUGCAAAAGGAAUCAUAAAACCAAGUGUAAUAUUCUUAAUUUUAACGAACUCCAAACUGUACAAGACUCUGCGUGUGUAAUGCCUUUGAUUUUGUAUACUAUAAUAUUGUGUUACAUCAUAACUCCGUUAAGUUUAGACAUUAGUCCAUUUUUGUAUUUUACUUUAAGCAACGUAUUAGACUCUUGAAGAUUUUUAUUAGACACAAUCCUGUUGAUUAUUGGUACGUAUAGGAAGAACCGGUGAUGUUUCAUAAGGUGCGCAUAUGUGUAUAUACAACUAUGCCAAGAUCUCGACGAGAGAACGAGCUGUUCGAAAUUCUCCCGUCGACGUCGUAUUAUAUCCGAGUAAUAAACUAAAUAACGUAUAUAAGCAGAUAAGCAAAUGAGUAUCGAGACGAGUUAGUUAAUGAAAAAAAAUUGUGACGCGUAGGCGUCUCGGCAUACAAUCAUGUUCAAACGUAGGUAUAUAAAUAAAUAAUAUCGACUGAAGCAGGGCGGGAAUGUGAAUAACGCGGGAACGUUUGUAACGAUAUUUCGAUCGACCUUCUUGUUGGUUUCCCCCUUUUUCGCCGUGUCUGUAAAAUACAACCAGUGUAAUGUAGAGAUUGUGCGCGACAAAUCGUUGAACGAUUUGGUUUUACUCAUUUUUUUUUUCGUUUUUCAUUUUAUAAAUUAACUGUAGCCGAGAGAAAGACAAAUGGAAAAGUAAUAUCUUAGUAUCCAAAGCACUCAGGAACCUCUGGUCGUCGCCGUUUCUCCUGGUGUAUGGAGUGUAUGAAGAGAAGAUUUCGAGAUUCUUGGUUUUCCCGCUAGACGAGAGAAUUAAGAAUAUAAAGAUAAAACAGAAAAUAAUGCGAAAGUUCAAAUGUCAAAAAAAGUGAUAAACUGCCCGUAGAGACUUUAGAUUUCCACCGAGUGACUCUCGCGAGAGAGUCGUAGGACACUGUGUUAAACAACCAAUAUAUUCUCUUUUUUUUUGUUCGACGAAGGGAAUCGCAAUAUUAUAUGCGUAUAAACAAUAACCGCGUAUACGAUGUAAUAUCGCUCGUUUCGCUAAUAACGACGAAAUCGUCGUAGCGAAAAAAAUAACUCAAUGGAGACCUUUUGUACUCUGUCUGAUUUGUAAUAAGACGACUUUUAUUAACGGAUGGAAUGUCGAGGGAAAAAAGUAGCGUCGACGAAUUUUUCGAUGAUUUUUUAGCUCUUCGGAGUGAUGU